AGGCUGGACGUCAGGUAAGACCGGCUGUUUGAUUUCUCUGUCUUAAAAACAGGACAAAUCGGGUUGAGAUUAUUGAGAAAUGAACAAUAAAGCCAGAGUUUUCCUGCAGCUUCAUCCACCUCUUGUGGCUGCCUUGCAGCUGCAGAGGACAAAGUGCACGCGCACGGGGAGAGAACCUGCAGAUUGGCGCAGUGCAAUGAAACUGCAUGGGCGUAGACUCAUCUGCAUUGGGGCUGCAAGCAGCAUCAAGGCCCGCUUUCACGGUGUGCUGUAUUGCAAUGGCUCCGCAGAAUGAUGCUGCCCUGCAUCCUCUGUCAUUGGAGUUUCUGGGGACACAAAUGUCUGCAGUUUUGGUCCAAAUGGGUUCUGGUUCUGCACGUUCACCUCCGUUAUGUCCCUAUAGCUGAACUUCUUAACGCAGUUGACGGGACGUGAAGUUCUGACCGGACCCUCACUGGUAUGGAGCUCCAUCUGCUGCUUGCGGCCUGCAUCCUCUUUGGCAGAGUGAUGAUGACGCACCAGUAUCACAUGAACCCCAUCUAUACGUAUUUCUUUACACCACAAGGGCCCCAGAUGUUUCCCUGUCUCACUUAUCUGGAGAGAAAUGUCAGGGUGGACUGCGAGUUCCUGGCCACCGACCAGGUCCCCGGCCCGUACUGCGAGUAUCGUCAGGACAGCCGGCUGGUGGGCAGCACCUACCCCAACAUGGUCACCUACGUAUCCACAGACGACCGCAGGAGAAGCAACGUCAGCCUAGUCUCUCCCAGUCUGUGCCGCCUCACCUGGGCCCCAAUGGCCGACGAGAAGCCUUACACCUACACCUGCAGGGUAUAUCAGGGCAACAGCUGGAAGGAGAACAGUAUGGCGGUUCAUCACAGAAUUCUUCCGAUCUGCUGUGCAGUGAGUGUCAUGUUCAAAACAGCACCAUGGUUUUUGACUCUGGUGAUAUCACUUCCUGUGGCCGUGGGUCUCGUAAGUCCUUGAGGCGGAAGGGUCACAUGAAUGGACAUUAUGGACAAAUAUUACAUGUUCAUCAUAAUCAAAGAGAGGCAAUGCAGCACUACAACUGUUGAUGCAGCAAAGUCAGUACAGAAUCUUUUCUCCUUUAGAAACCCCCCCCCCCCCCCCCACAAUGUCUAAAGAGUGAUCGAGUGAACGCACUUUCACCUUCAAAUGUGUAACAGAAGUGGGAAAAGGACAUGGAAAAUAAAGCACUUAUAUGUACGCUCUAUUUAUUCUUUUAGCAAAAAUAAAUCAUUUACCUCUUAAAACCUUUUUCUUUAUGUCUUUGUUUGAAAUCACUAAAUUUCAUGUGAGAUUUCAUCAUGUUUCAUAUCUUAAAACCUUUGUAGUGCAUUUUUUCAGGAAAAACCAUGGCCUAUUCAUUUUAUGGUUUUUUUUUAAAUUAUUUCUGUGCUCAUGAACUUUGUUUAAAAGUGUCAGUAUUAGCAAACAUUCAUGCCCAUUAAAGGGAUCAUUGUUGAUGCAAUUGCAGCGAACCAGAUGUCUGUCUAUGAGGAUGCUCAGACACUGGCUUUUGUUGGCUCUGAGCCAUUGUUUGGCAUGAACACAUGCUGUGUAUUUGUCUCAUUGGCUUCUGAUGGGCAGAAAAAGAUAGACGUGUUCUUCUUUGUGCUGUAGCCACUAAUUUUCACUAUUCUGAUGUUUACUUCAUAGUUGAAAAUGAAGCUUUUAUUUUUUUUGAUUUUUCUGGUAAAGAAAUUGAGGAUUACUUAGUGAAUUUUCCAUUUUUUCAGCUUCUUCAUUAAGAAAAGAUCGGAACUAAUAAUUGUAAAUAAAUUAGUAGACUUGUAUUAGGUCAGUUAGCAGAAAAUUUUUCAACUAUGUGGCCUUAACAAUCUUUGAUGGAUAAAUUAUAAUGAUAUGGUUAUUUUAAAAAAAUUACCCACUUAAGAUAGUUGAACGGAACAAGAGUGUUAAUGUAUUUAUCUCUGUUGUAAAUUUGAGCAGGUUUUAUUGGAUGCAUGGGAACAAACUUAUGUAACAAGCCACCUAGUGGUCACUUGGUAAACUGACCUGGCUCAACAAAUGAGGCUCCAACAGGAAGUUGAAUUUCUUCCCAGUUUCCAGAUACAAGCAGCUCGCCCCAGUAUUAUUUUUUGAUCAGCCAUAUUUUUCAUAGUUAGUGAAGUUAUACAAUACCCAGAGAUGAGAGCCAGUCUUGAAUAAAGCACGUUGCUUAAAAUUUGCAGUAAAGUGUUCAAUGUCAACGCUGCACAAAACUGUAAAUUAGUUGUGUUUCAGGAACUGAUACAGCUGAAUACUUUACUAAACCUGGCCUUUGGACACAUUACUAAUAAUUUAGCAUGAUCCAAAAAAAAACAACAACAAAAAAAAAAAACAACCAUACUGACAAACUCAUAUACCAAAUUAUUUCUGCUGUGUAACAGACCUUCCUGUGAGCUCAAAGCCACUUCUUGACAAAGAUAACUGCUUGUCAUUCUCUUCAAAAAUUCCUCUGAUUCAUUGAACUAUUGCUUAAUGUUCUGCCCUGUGCAAUGAGAACUAAGAAAAUGAGUUUCAGUGUUUCUCUGUGUAUAUAUAAAAUACAAUAUUAUAUAAACACUAAUAUCAUAUAUACAUUACAAUAUGAAAUAUUGGUUUACACAUUUAAACACUUAAUUCUUUAUUUCGUGACUACCUUGGUUUUUGAAAAAUAGCCCUCAGCAUUUAAAUGAAAGAUGUUGCUAAUUUUUGCACAUGAUAAUAAGUAUAUUUUCAAAUUUUAUUUAACCGACUUCAUUUCUUUCUCAACAUUGCACCCCCCUACAAAAGGUAUAUCACAAUGUUACAGGCUGAAUUGUCGUGUCACACUUUUUGCAAGCAACCAUGAAAAUACUAAAAUAAACCCAAAAGGACUGUAAUACCAAAGUACAGUUUUGCAUAUAUAGUGAUAUAAAACGUUUCCUCUUUCUUUAAGCAUUUUGUUUGGUAUAAUGUGGUUUUCUAAACACAAUAAUACUUUUUUGGUGUGGAUGCUUGAGUUACAGAACCUAGAAAUCCCUUUAUUCUGGAUCUUGACUCCAAGCUGGUUGCAAAGAUAAAAAAUGAAUGACUCCUUUUACUUUGACAGGAAUAAAAAGCAACAUUUCAAAAGUCUGACAUAACAGAGAUGCAACACGAUCCCCUUCCAGAGCUGUCAAGAAUUAGGAUCAGAGUUUCUCAGGUUGCUUUUAUGUGCAGUGGUUCCACAUCAUAAAGAGACUUUGAUUGCCCUCAGUGUGUGGCUUCUGCCCUUCUACGUUUACCCAGAAAGAGUCCAGAUCAGCUGAUAAAAAUGAGGGCCUGUGACAGGAAAUGUGUUGCACAGCAGGAACUGGAUUUCGUCAUUUUGGUGUGUGCAUUUUGACGCUUUGUAUAUGUAUUAAUGUUCACACAAUUCCUCUUCAACAACUGUUUGAUUUUUUUGUUCUGUCUUUAAUUAAAAAUGUCAACAUUAAAUUAAAAGGUUAUGCUAAUCUUUUAACUAAAAAUGCCUUUUUUUGUUUCAUCACUUUAUUGUAGCUUCAUUGUUAAACCACAACAUGUCAAGUCAAUAGUGUGACCAACUUGUAGAAUAAAGGUUAUGCGUUCCAAUGUU